UCUGGUCCUCUCAGCUUUUCCCUGAUAGGAUGAUGCCAGUACACCUCUAGGAAUUUUUUUUCUCCCUCUUUUAAAGAGCGACAGAGAAAGAGAGACGGCUUUCCCCACACCCCAUCUGACAUUACCUGGAAGCGCACGGACUCGGUGUGAACAUAAAAGUGACUUGAUAUGGUCACUGCAAGAUGAAAAGUUAUAGGGGACUUUAGAGCAUCAAAUCAAACAAAAGCAGCAGAUAGAGCAUGUGAAUGGCCACAAGCACCUUCGCUAAUUCUGACACCGUCCCUACUCAUGGCUUUGCCAACAGCAGGAGAACUGCCGCUUGCUGGGUGUUUUUUGUUUCUCGCACCAAACUCCAGAGACUGCUGUGCGUGAAAACCCAGGACAUCAGCCAAUUCAUGAAAUGCUCAGACCAUCCCAUCUGGUACCAAUCAUUCCACAAUCAAAGUCACUAGAUCACAUUUCUUCCCCAUUCUGAUGUUUGGUGUGAACAACAACUGAACCUCUUGACCACGUCUGCGUGCUUUUUUGCAUUGAGUUGCUGCCACAUGAUUGGCUGACUAGAUAUUUGCAGUAACAAGCAGAUGUACAGGUGUACCUAAUAACGUGGCCACUAAGUGAGUUAUGCCAGUUCCAGAGCAGCCAUCUGCAUCUGAGAAAAAUAACUUGCUGAGCCCGAUGCUGACUGCUUCCAAUGGAGAUGGCUCUGAGCCAGAGACCACUUCUGCUAUUCUGGCUUCAGUCAAAGAACAGGAGCUGCAGUUUGAAAGAUUAACCAGAGAGCUGGAGGCGGAGCGUCAGAUUGUCGCCAGCCAAUUGGAGCGAUGCAAACUGGGAUCCGAUACGGGCAGCAUGAGCAGCAUUAGUUCGACAGAGGAUUCCUUUCGCUGGCACAUACAAGAUGCACAGAAAAGUGCAGACGAUGAAAUUGCCAGUGGCUUGGAGCUGGUAGAUUCCUGCCUAAGAUCUCUGCAAGAAUCGGGUAUACUGGACCAUCGUGAAUACUCUUCAAGUGAAGGGCCCAGUCUUCUCUCCCAGAGUGCCUCACAGAUCAAUGCCAACCCUGAAGGAUCAUACCAGUACUCGGGCGGUUACCAUAGCAACCAGACCCUCUCACGCGGCGACUCAACUACAUCACAGCUCUCUGGGAGGACCUCAAGUGGUCAGGUUGGAGCGGGUGUCGGCAUCCAUAGCUAUGGGCAGGCUAACCGGGCUGGUGACAGCAGUCGUACAUCAGGGUCUGAAUCCUCCCCAUCUCACUCUGCACCGCAGUCGAGGGACACCUUUGUGCCGAGUCACGGCAGCGCUUUCCGCCUGCCAGAAGCGCAGCAUCCAUCUUCAGUCUACUACGUCAGUGCCACACUGCCCGCUCAGAGAGUGAGCUCACCCAUGUCCCUGCAGCGGACAGGCUCACCACCCAAGCUCCAGCGGGCAGGCUCAGCCGCUGAGAGUGGCAUCUACACCACCCAGCGGCUCGCCUCCCCAAAGCAGACGGCCUCUCCCAGCCGCCUGUCCAAGUCCUACAGCACCAGUUCGCCAGUCAACAUAGCGGCGUCCUCAGCUGCCCUCUCCCCAUCGCCCCCGGCCAAUGCAGUGACCUCACCCGCACACCAGCCCAGCUCGGCCCAGCCCAGCUACGCCACACUCUCGCCCACCAAACGCCUCACCCACACGUCCGAUCCAUACAGCAAGCACCCGCAGGAGCUGUACGAGCGGAGUACCUUACAAAGGCCUGGCAGCCUAGCAGCCAGCUCCCGGGCUUCCUACAGCAGCCAGCACAGCCACCUGGGUCCAGACCUGCGCCCGCUGCAGUCUCCAGAGCACCACAUUGACCCAAUAUACGAAGAUAGAGUUUAUCAAAAGCCCCCUCUGAGGAGUCUCAGUCAAAGUCAAGGAGACCCUCUUCAGCCAUCUCUUACUGGGACUUAUCGCACGAGUACAGCCCCGUCUUCCCCUGCUGUUGACUCCGUACCCUUGCAGCGCACGGGCAGCCAGAACACAGCAACCUACCAGAGGCCCAGCUAUGCCACCGGCCUGGCAGCCAAUUAUGGGGACCCUUACCGGACACUCCAGUAUUGUCCCUCAGUGGAGUCGCCGUACAGCAAGUCUGGGCCAGCCAUCCCACCCGAGGGCACCUUGGCACGAUCACCUUCCAUCGACAGCAUUCAGAAGGAUCCCAGGGAGUUUGGCUGGCGGGAUCCUGAGCUGCCAGAGGUCAUUCAGAUGUUGCAACAUCAGUUCCCUUCAGUGCAAUCCAACGCAGCAGCCUACCUCCAGCACCUGUGCUUCGGAGACAAUAAGAUCAAGGCAGAGAUAAGAAGACAAGGUGGAAUCCAGUUGUUGGUAGACCUUUUGGACCAUCGUAUGCAAGAAGUUCAUCGCAGUGCCUGUGGAGCCCUGAGAAACCUGGUGUACGGAAAGGCAAAUGAUGACAACAAAAUUGCCUUGAAAAACUGUGGUGGGAUCCCAGCACUAGUGCGAUUGCUUCGUAAGACUCCUGACGUGGAGAUCAGGGAGCUGGUUACAGGUGUCCUGUGGAACCUGUCGUCAUGUGAUGCACUAAAGAUGCCAAUUAUCCAGGACGCCCUUGUUGUGCUCACCAAUGCAAUCAUCAUUCCGCACUCUGGUUGGGAUAUCUCACCUCACCAGGAAGACCGGAAAAUUCAACUCCACACAUCAAUGGUUCUGCGGAAUGCCACCGGGUGUCUCAGGAAUGUGAGUUCAGCUGGCGAGGAAGCCCGAAGAAGGAUGAGAGAAUGUGAUGGUCUCACUGAUGCUUUGUUGUUUGUGAUUCAGUCGGCUCUGGGAAGCAGUGAGAUUGACAGCAAGACGAUUGAGAAUUGUGUCUGUAUCCUGAGGAACCUUUCUUAUCGGCUGGCCGCGGAGACAGGCCAGGGACAGCAGAUGGGAACAGACGAGUUUGACGGACUACUGUGCAGUGACAGCAACGGCAAGGAUAGUGAGAGUUCCAGUUGUUGGGGCAAGAAGAAGAAGAAAAAGAAGGGCCAGAACCAGUGGGAUGGUGUUGGACCUCUCCCAGAGGCAACAGAUCCACCAAAGGGGAUACAGCUCCUGUGGCAUCCCUCUAUAGUCAAACCCUACCUCACACUUUUGUCAGAAUGCUCAAAUCCGGAUACUCUCGAAGGAGCGGCGGGAGCCUUACAGAACCUGGCUGCAGGGAGCUGGAAGUGGUCCAUUUACAUCCGUGCUGCGGUACGCAAGGAGAAGGGUUUGCCCAUUCUUGUGGAGCUACUGCGCAUCGACAAUGACCGGGUGGUUUGUGCUGUCGCCACUGCAUUGCGGAACAUGGCCUUGGAUGUCAGAAACAAGGAGCUCAUAGGGAAAUAUGCCAUGCGAGAUCUCGUUCACCGUCUUCCUGGAGGCAGCAGCAACACCGGUACUGGGAGCAGCACCAUUAGCAAAACCAUUUCUGAUGAGACAAUUACUGCCAUUUGCUGUGCUUUGCAUGAAGUCAUUACCAAAAACAUGGAAAAUGCCAAGGCCUUGCGAGACUCUGGAGGGAUUGAGAAGCUCAUCGGCAUCGCCAAAAGUAAAGGAGACAAACACUCACCCAAGGUGGUGAAGGCAGCAUCUCAGGUCCUGAACAGCAUGUGGCAAUAUCGAGAUCUGAGGAGUCUUUACAAGAAGUCUAAUUGGCAAGAUGGAGGUCCAUCAGGAGGGAAGCCAACUGCACAAGGCCCCAGCCAAGGAGAACAGGAUGGAUGGUCACAGUAUCAUUUUGUGGCCUCGUCUUCUACAAUAGAGCGGGACAGGCAGAGACCCUACUCCUCCUCACGCACUCCUUCCAUAUCACCGGUCAGGAUGUCCCCGAACAAUCGCUCAGCAAGCGCCCCAGCUUCACCUCGAGAGAUGAUCAACUUAAAAGAAAGAAAGUCUGACUAUGACACAAGUGGGACCAACUCUAGCUACCACGCGAGUAAAGGAGAACAUACCUCUAGAAAAGAUACUGUUCCAGCUCAGCUCUCUGUAGUGGCUGGAUCAGGCUAUAGGAAUUCCUACGCUACUCCCGUUGAGGCUAUCAAGCACAACCAGGUUUCAUCGCAACCUGUUGCACAGGAACCUAGUAGGAAAGACUAUGACACUUAUCAAACCUAUCAAAAUUCUACUGGAAAUUACGAUGACUCUUUCUUUGAAGAUCAGGUGCACAGUCGCCCAGCAACCAGUGAAUACAACAUGCAUCUCGGCCUGAAGUCAACAGGCAAUUAUGUUGAUUUCUAUUCUGCCGCGCGUCCCUAUAGCGAGUUAAACUACGAGACAAGCCACUAUCCAGCCUCACCCGAUUCUUGGGUCUAAGCAGAGGUGGCAGAUACACAAGAAAAAACAAGACCCUGGGAACUGUGCAUGUGCAUGAAUAUCACAAGACAUUUUUCAGCAAGUCUUAAAUUGUCAGAGGUCUGUUCCAUAGGACAGUCAUUGGGUAAAACGUUGUAGAUGGUGGUCGGAUGGAUAAGUACUGAGAGAAAUGCAAGUGACAUUCAGCUCAUAUGAAGGAAAUGGAAGAUUUGCUCACCAGAGAGCAGGAGUUGGGGGUGCGGUGGGAUAGGACUAGAAGUCCAUGAUGCGUAUACAGAGAAGGAGGGUGAUUGGGGAGGGAGGGAGAAUACUAUUAAUCAUGCAAAGAAAAUGGUAUUGUGGAUGGCAAUGAAAGUGGUUAAAAGUAAGAAGAGGGAAAUGGGAAAGGCCAUGUCAAAGGUCAAGCACAAGAGCCUGAAUGUGUUUACACUUGUUACAGGGACAGUCUGUCACCUCUUGAAGACAAACAUUUUCGUGUGUCACAGCUUGUAGUUUUCAGUCGGGUUUUCUUCUGUACAGCAAGACUAUUUCUCUCGCCACCUUCCUGGGUUCAUUUUCUUUUUCAUUUUAAUGCUUUGUUGUGAAGUAUUGGAUGUACAUUACUGAUCAAUGAGAGCAUUGUGUCCAUUACAGCAAUGCCAAAGUACUCCUUCCGUCUCUUGUUCUUAAUACUAUUUUAAUUACGAACAACAAAAGUGUAAGCGAGUUUGAGCAGAUGUGUGAAUUUCCAAGCUUUCUUUUUUAUGAAGUAACUAACUGAAGGAAGUAUUUAGCAGUAUUGUUUGUUCUGGUAUGUGGAUUUGUUUGUGUGGUCACUAACUGAAAACCUCAUUGGUCGCUUAUAUUACGAGCAUCAUUCCACACGCUCAUUUGAUGAGACGCGCUCUCUCUCUGUCUCUCUCUCUCUCUUUCACUGCCUAAAGUUUUAGAUGUAGAUAUUUGAAGACAAUUUUUCAUUUAUACCAGUUUUGUUUAUGACAAUACAGUGUUAACAGUAAAUAAAUGAAGUUGUCAUCCAUGUUUGUAAAAAAUAUCGAGGAAAAAAAGAAAAAGUUUUUUUCCCAUGUUUCUUUCUCUUGAUACAAAAUCAACAGUAGUUCCAAUGUGCCAUAAGGUCUGUUUGUGUGAAUCUGCAGUAUCCUUUUUCAGGCCUAAAACACUGAAUUUUAAAAACUUGGAUAGGUGGGUCAAAGGUAAUGUUAACCUAAUUUAUCAGGUGGAAGACCUAUAGGAUCAGAUGAAACACUGGUUUUACACCCCACUCAUUAUUGUUCACCUUUGAAUGUUUUAAACACUCCAUAAAACACUAUAUUGAACUUAAUACCCAGCCCACUGUCACGUAAUUAAUCAAAGUAAAACAAAAUAUAGGGGUGGAAUUUGGUGCAAAAUCAUUGUAGAACUUAAUCUCAUGGGUUUCUAGGUGGGCAGCUUUGGUUAAAAUGAACUUUUCACUUCACGCCUUCAAUGAGCGUGUGUUGUCUAUGUCAAAACCAUAGAGCUCCUGGUCUUAAUUAGGAAACAUUUAAGUCAUUUUACAACACAGCUGCGAUUGACGUACAGACUCAUGGGUUUUAUUGCAUUUAACAUACUACACUGCAUUCCAUGGAAACUGGAACCUAUUUUCAAAGAACUGCAUUGUAUAUCAAGAUACACUGAAGGGUGGCUUACUGUAAGGUUAUCUAUUUAGCUGUGAUUCGAAGUUACCUGUGUAGGCAAAUAUAAAAGGGAUACUGCCCUCUUUAAAAUAACUUUGUUUUUGAGAAUAGUGCAGCAGUAAUCAUUGGUGCCAAAUGAGAAGUAAACAAAAUGCUUCAAAUUCUAAUUGUAGGAAAUAAAAUACUCUGAGAAUCGAUGGGUAGUUGAUUGUUCUGCUGACAGUUUGUAGAUGUAGAUAGACAAGAUUUAAAUUUGUUAAAUGCUUUUUACAGUGUGUUUUGUCAACAAUGAAAAAAGGGUAAACAGCAUACUGGGUUAUAUGGAGAUUAUAUAGCCUUUAAACUGCAGUCUUGAAAGAAACUGGGAAAUGUGAUUAAAAAAUAAAAUGAUGCUAUUAAAAUUUAAAAACUGUUCAAAUAAGUUUCUUUAACUAGUGCAAUGAAGUCAAAUGUCCUAACAUUCCCCAUGUAUCAACUUUUAAAAUUUUCACAGAAUGGUGGAAUCAAUUCCACCUGAACUUAUCUGUAAAGUUGUGGUGGGGGUGGGGGAGGUCACAGCACUUUGGAUUGCAAAACUAAAUAUUGUAGGAUCAUCCACUGAAUUCCCAUGUACAGUUCAUGAUUCUGCCAGCAAUUCACCCUCAAAACAACAAAGCAUUGUAAUGGAUUAUGGAUUUUCUAAGGCAAGUUACCAACAAGCACAAACUUUCUUCUGUCUUUAAAGCAAGUUUUUCAUGCACGCACUGGUCCUACCUACCAAACCUGGCAUAUACAUUCAGUGGCCACUUUAUUAUGCAAAUAUAUAACCAGCCAAUCAUGUGGCAGCAACUCAAUGCAUACAAGCAGGCAGACAUCAGUUGUUCAAACCAAACAUCAGAAUGGGAAAGAAAUGUGAUCUAGGUGACUAUGUGACCUGUGUGCUGCGUGGCCGAGUGGUUAAGGUGACGGUCUAGUGAUCUGAAGGUUGCUAGUUCGAGCCUGGUUGUGUCCCUGAACAAGGCACUUAACCACACAUUGCUCUGCGACAACACCAGUGCCAAGAUAACAUCAGUGGCAUCGAGAGGGGAGACUUGCAGCAUGGGCAACUGCCAGACUUCCAUACAACCUUGCCCAGGCCUUAGUCAACAUCGAAAUCGAUGGACAGCCAAAGAAGAAGGUGACUUUGACAGUGGAAUGAUUGUUGGUACUAGAUGGGGUGGUUUGAGUAUCCCAGAAACUGAUCUCCUGGAAUAUUCACACACACAAGUCUAGUGUGUACAGAGAAUGGUGCAAAAAAACCCAAAAUCAUCCAGUGGGUAGCAGGUCAGUGGGCAAAAACACCUUGUUAAUGAGAGAGGUCAGAGGAGUUCGGACUGGUUCAAGAUGACAGAAAGACAACAGUAACUCAAAUAACCACACGUUACAACAGCGGCAUACAGGAGAUCAUCACUAAAUGCACAACACAUCGAAUCUUUGAGUGAAUAGGCUACAACAAUGAAAGACCACACAGGGUUACACUCCUAUACCUAAUAAAGUGUGCACUGAGUGUAUGCCAGCCAAAUAAUUGAGCAUGCCAACUGUCACCAAGUUAUAUGUAUCUCUGAUUGUUCAAGGAAGCACUACAAAUUAGAUUUUUUUGGGAGCAAAUGUUGACGUAGGAUACUAACAAGUAUAUACCACUGAGACCAGUAAUUAGUUCAGUUUUAUUUUUAAAGAUACUUUCAGUGAUUUAAAAGACACGAACAAUGUAUCUGUGGUUAAACCAAUUUUAGCUGUAUUCUUGAAAUUUCUCCAGGGUGCCUCCUUAAAUGACAUCAUUGGAUAUUUUCAAUACAGGAAAAUAAACACACUACUCAAU